AUGGUGGUCUUCAUCCUGGCAGUACUCAAGGCGGGCGGUCAAUAUAUUCCGUUGGACGGCGGCAUCAUCCCAGAAGAACAACUCGCUUACACCCUCUCAGACUCCGAGGCCCGUGUCGUCCUCCUCCUUCCACAGUUCCAGCCCAAGGUUCAGCGGAGCAUGGUCAAGAGCGCGCGGACCGGGGUGGCGAUGAUCGCGCUUGAUAGAGAUAGCCGCCUGUGGGAGGCGGGAAACCCGGCCCGGCCCAAUGUAGACGUUAGCCCGGAUGACGGCGUGUAUGUGAUUUACACGUCGGGAACAACCGGACGACCCAAGGGUGUGGACGUACGGCACCGCGGUGUCACUAAUACGUUACUAGCUGAGCCAUCAAGGCUUGGCAUCGGUGUCGGCUCUCAGGUUGCCCAGCAGCUCAAUGUCGGGUUCGAUAUGGGCGCCUGGGAAAUCCUCGGCACCAUGAUGAACGGCGGAACCCUUCAUAUUCGCGGAAGCGGCGACAAACUCUGGAGGGAGUGCCUCCAGAGGGUGGACACGGUGAUUGGUACGCCCUCGGUAAUCCUGAAGCAGAUGGUGCGGCGCGAGGACUUCCCCAACAUCAAGACGAUUGCGGUCGGCGGAGAACCCUGCCCGCUGGCGCUCGCCGAAAAGUGGGCGCCGCACGUCAACUUUUGGAACGUGUGCGGGCCUACCGAGGUGAGUAUCCUCAACACGGCACACCUCCACAGCGUCGGCAAGACCUUGUCGAUAGGCAAACCGAACCCCAACACAAACGUGUACAUUCUCGACGAGAACGAGAAUCCGACCCCGAUAGGAGAGCCCGGGGUCAUGUGGGUUGGAGGGCCCGGGGUAUCCCGAGGCUAUCUGAACCUAGCCGAUCUCACGGCAUCACGCUACAAACACGACAAGUUCGCCGAGGAUGGGCGAAUGAUGUUUAACACGGGCGAUCUUGCGCGCUGGCUCGAAGACGGCAGCCUCGAGCCUCUCGGCCGGCAGGAUGACCAAGUCAAGAUCCUCGGCUUCCGCGUCGAGCUGGACGGCGUCUCGAGAGCUAUCGAGAAGUGCAAGACCGUGACCAAGGCGUGCGCGCUCAGCAUCGAUGACGAGCUCUGGGGGUUUUACUCCGCACCGGAGCCCGUGGACGAAGAUAUCCUCAAGGCGACGGUAGGCCAGAGCCUGCCGUACUACGCCACGCCCAAAAUCUGGCGCCAUCUCCCGGUCAUACACCUCACCGCCAACGGAAAGGUGGAUAAGGCGGCACUGCGGGAGACGGCAGCCCGGGGAUCGCAGCUGAUCCGCAGCCGCGCCAGCUCCCCCACCCUGAUGACGAGGAACUCCCAGCCCUUCUCCAUGUUCUCGGCGACGGGCGAGAUUCACUCCGUCUGCACACUCGUCGGCUCGAGCAGCGACAGCAGCAAGGAGCAGGAUACUUCCCCAGACUACGUCCUCCCCGGGAAGAAUGGUUUCCGCGGGUGGAGAUGGCUCCGUCACCGCGGCAUGUCGGCUUACCGCAAGCUAUUCGGCGUCAUUUUCCUGACGAACCUAGCCGUCUUCAUCUGCCUCUUGUGGCAGAGCCGGACCAAUCGCUUCAUCCUCCCGCUCCCGGACCUGGCGACCGUCGUGGCCGCCAACCUCUUGGGUGCCGUGAUCCUCCGCCAGGACUACGUGGUCAACCUCAUCUUCUGGACCUGCUGCAGGGUCCCGACGUGGUUCCCGCUGUGGCUGCGGAGGCAUUUUGCCAGGCUACUUUGGAAAGACACGCCGUUUUCGCUCGACCUCGUCACCCUCGUCUUGACGUAUAUUAUUAUGCUGCUUCUGCUCUCCAUCCUCCUCAUGGCCUUCCCCGCAAUUCGGCUCAAGAUGCACGAUCAGUUCGAGUGGACGCACCGUUUCGCGGGCUGGACCGCGCUCGGCCUGGUGUGGGCGCACGUCGUCCUCUCGGCCAACUCGGCGUCCACGCCGGAGAAGCCCUUGGCCAAGACCCUUGCCGCGACGCCUGCCAUCUACAUGGUGGCCGUUACCACGCUGAGCAUCGCGCUUCCGUGGAUGCGUCUGCGCCGCGUCAAAGUUGUCCCGGAGCCGCUAUCCAGCCACGCUGUCCGUCUACAUUUCGACUUUUACACGCCUCCUCCGUGCACCUCUCGGGGAUACGCAUCACCGAUAGGCCCGUCGGGUGCCCGUUCGGAUCCUCUGGAGCACAAGGAACCCGCUCAAGACGUACGGGCAAAGAUUAUCGACACGAUUCUUGCGGCAGACCCCGACGCCCUCAUUUGGGAUACAGAUGUCCGGGGACGGCCCGAUCUCGUGAACUUGGCCUAUCCGCUUUACAGGGAGAGCAAUGCCGAAUGCGUUUGCAUCAUCUCCAAUGGCCCGGCGACGAGCAGGUUCGUUUACCGAAUGGAAAGCCGAGGAAUUCCGGCCUUUGGGCCUAUUUGGGACUCGUAA